CUCUCUUCUAUUACUGCUCCCUCUAACGCUGAAAGUUACGGCGAAUGACUCUAAGACAGAACAUCAAUCCUCCAAUUCCUCUAUGACAGAUCGAAGAUGACAACCAAUAUUCCUAACAUCUUCACAUCCCUUCCCAAGAUCCCUCCACAGACCAAGGACGCCAUCAUCGACCCCAUAUACCGCGUUCUCAUUUCAAUCGACACCGCCAGCCCUGCCCUCUUCGCCUCUGCCAUCCACGAAGCCGCCCGCUUCACCCUGAACGGUCGCCUUCUCGAGGGCGCCGACGCUAUCAAGACACACGUGUACGACACGGUGUCCAAGAUAGACACUACCCACCACCUGUCCAACCUCCGCGUCACCGAGUUCGAUGAGGUGAAAGGGACAGCUAGCUUGGUCGCUACCGUUCUGGCGCAGCACUAUCGACCGGGAGAGGGGCUCAAUGCCUCUUCCAAGGGGUUAUUGGCGGGCGGACUCUACUUUGUCGAUGUAAUCAGAGAGGAGGAAGAUGAGGUGUGGAGGGUCAAGGAAUGGCUCUUGAGGGUUCUCUGGAGGGAAGGAGAUGAGGGGGUAAUGGCAAGUGUCAACGGAAACAGUGAACAGUAG